AUGGCUACGGCUACCCUACAUCCUUCCACAUAUCGCCACUUCCUCACAUCCCCCCGAAUACCACCAGAGCUUGUCCUCAAGACUAUCCAAUACCUCCCCUUUGGAGACGGUAGCUUGAUAUCAACGCUUCGCCGCGCCCACCCCCGUCUCUGUAGUUUGAUCAAGACGUAUGAGCACUCGAUCACAGGCGCGCUCAUCAAGAGAGAGCUCCGGCAUGCGCAGACAGAUUUCCCAUGCAAGGAGGGUGCGUUGAGUCUGAAGUGGCUGGGAGAGUGUGUAAGGAGAUACGAUAUCGCGGAUGAUAUCAUGGACGCUUUCUUUUCAGAGAGGAAUUGCUUCGCGGUGGAACGACACAACCUUGCGCUAGUCAAUGCAGGACUAUUGCUCUUGUAUCAACUGGCUUCGCUUGACAGUCAUGCUGCCAGGCUCACCUAUAUCAAGAACUCGUCUCGCGACCCGUUGACAGCGAUAUAUCUCGCCCUCCAUCACGCGACGUUAUCAGCGCGCUAUCACGGCUCAGGCUGGAUUCAUCAGCGCACCUAUGGUCGCUCCAUGGAUGCCUACCAGCUUUCACUGAGAAAUGAAUUGGAGUUUUGCUUCGCAGAAGCUGCUCUGAGCUGCGGCCCCGAGUUCAUCUCCGAUAUGUUACUUCACCACGACACCUCAAAUGCCGAGACGACACUACUCAAUGUCUAUCAUGAUCACGGGACCCUGGACUGGGACUGGCCAUGUCCGGGGACAGAGUCGGGGGAGUUUGAGCCGCCGAGGACACAUGGGCCGCACUGGGAUGGUGGGCAGAGGGGAAAGAGUCUGUUCACGACGCUAUUGGAGACUUUGGCAGAGAAGCUUGGGUGUCCAUCUGAGGUGGUGAGGACAAGGAUUGAAAUGUGCACAGAUGCAAAAGAGCACUCGCUUGCCUAUCUUGAUCUUGAGGGCAAGGCCGUCUUACUACAGGGAUUUAAUUUGGACGAGGAGAAUUGUCAGACAGAAAAGGAAAGCUAG